AUGAAAGUUAUAAACAUUUUCAACGUUGUUAAGUUUUUAGGAGCUAAUUCUUUUAUAACUGUGACAUCUGAUCAAAUUGGUGAUAAAGUACAUAUAAGUCAGAAUGAUUAUUAUUUGAGUGGGUCUACCAGUGGUAAUACAAAUUUAUAUUUUAAGGAUAAAUCACAAGCUACUGAAUUUACAGUUAAAAGCCAUUCCAAGGGUGUUUAUUUAUUGUAUUCUAGUGGUUCUGAUUAUGUUAUAGAUAAAUCUAAGGCAAAUAAAGAUGCCGUUACACUAUACAAAGUACAUAAACACUCAAAUCAGUUAAUGUAUCUUGAAUCUGAUGGUAACAAGUAUAGAAUUAAGGUGAGAUAUGAUGGUUUAGAAAGGUGUUUAGAAAAUAGAAAUAAUAUUUUAGUAGGUUUACCAUGUUCGGAUAAAAGUUCUCAAUACUUUAAAAUAACCGCAUCAAAUGCUCCACCAACUGAAAAGACAAAUACUAAAUUCUAUAAUAAUUUAAUGAAUGAGUUUUACUUGGUAUCUGAUACUGAUAAUCCUUUAAAUGAAGUUAGUGGUAAACAAUUAUUCAAAUUUGGAAGUUCACCUUUAAAGUUUACAGCUGAACCAAAUGGAGAGUUUUAUAGAUUGAAGAUUGAAAAUGGUAAGUAUGUUGAUACAGAAACACAAAGUUCUGUUCAUUUUGAUCCUGAUGAUAAAAGAAAUUCUAAAUUAUUAAUAUUUAGUCCUAUUGAUGAUAACAAAACUAAGAUAAUUGAGUCAGUUCAUGGUCGUUGUUUAGCCAGAGGUGAUGAUGAUAGAUUUGUUAUUGAAGAUUGUAAUCCUAGUAGAUCAUCACAGGAAUUUUCAAUUUCAAACGAUUCAAUAUUUAAUGAAACAUUUUAUUUAUUACCCGUUAAGGAAAUGAGUUAUAUAACUAAUCAGGAGGAAAAGUUGGUAGUAAAUAGUGAUUUAUCACAAGCAGGUAAGUUUGCAUUUAUUCCAACUAAAGAUAAAAAUGAGUAUAGAAUAGUAAUAUUUGGUGGUGAUGAAGUUUUAUAUGUAAAUAGAGAAAAUGAUGAUAAAUUAACUGUUGGAGUUAAACCUUUAUCUACUUGGUUAAUUCCCACAAAAGGAAAAUAUAUUAAUAUUAGAGAUCCUAAAAAUAAAUAUUGUAUAACUCAAGUGUCAUUAAAAGAAUAUAAGAAUACUUUGAGUUUACGUAAAUGUCAAGGAAACUUAAAUACACAAAUGUUUAGGAAGGUUGAUGAUCCUGCUAUGUUAGUGGCUGAAGAAUUAGAAAAACAAGAUGGUAUAUUACCUAAUGAUGUUGAUGAUGUUGUCUUAUCAAAUAAAGCAAAGGUUAAAUUAAAUAGUGAAAUUGGAGAUGAUUCAUAUAAAGCCAAUCCAGAGUUAAGAAAAGACAUUCAAUCAGGAAGUUUGUUUAAUCCAGAAAAAUUAUCAGUUGGUGAUAAAAUAGCAGUUGAUAACGUUAAUGAUCCUGUUAAUGAACAACAAGAUGAUGAAGAAGAAAAUGCUUUACCUGGUCCUAGUAUGGAUAAAACAAUUGAUGAUUAUUAUAAUAAAAAUAAGGGUGAAAAAUUACCAUUUGCUCGUAAUAGAAAUAAUUUACCACCAGCAACUAAAAGAUACUCUAGUUCAUCAUCAAAAAAAUCAUCUAAUCAAUCACCUAAAAAUUAUUCUAAUCAAUCACCUAAAAAUUAUUCUAAUCAACCAUCUAAUCAGUCACCAAAAGGUUAUUCUAGUCAAUCAUCUAAAAAACCAUCUUAUCAACCACCUAAAACAAACAAUGAUAUUAAAUCAAAAUCUAAUAAUUCAGUUAAAAAUGAUGUAAAUGACCCAAAUAAUAUUAGAGAUGCGGUUAGUUUAUUAGCAGAAUAUGAUAAAAGAUUACAUUUAGAUACAUUAAAAAAUUCACAACGUAAAAGCAGAUCAAAGAGUGGAAAUUCUUAUUAUGUAAAAAGAACUGUAACAACUACAACUUCAAAUUAA